GUACAUGUGAUUUCUGUUUACCAUGUAUGUAUAGCCCGAAAGCUGGGGGCCGAGGUCCUUCCCAGGACACUAGUAUGACUAGUCUCAAGGUGUGGCAAAGGAAUCGGAGUAAACUCCGGCCGGACUGUUUCAUCUGGAAAAUUCAGUAUCUUCCUCUCGUUCUCAUAAUCGACCGGCAACAUGGCAAACAACUAAUUCGAAUGCCAAAAUCUUCUUCAGUUCGGUACUCGUCGUUGGUACGAUCCUAUUUGCAAGACACUCCCCAGCUCAUCCCGUGCCGACGACAUACCAUACUUGACCGACCAUCCACCGCCCUCGAAUGCCCCUGGACGGUCACCGGCAGCGACCGCUUCUUCCCCGAACUGCCCAACAACCCCCCCAGGAGCCGAAUCCCACGGACGGCGACGACGGCAACUCAAAUGGACGCAAAAGACGCCGGUCCCAUACCUCCAAAGCUUGCAACUUUUGCCGGUACAAGAAGAAGGCCUGCGACGGUCAGCCAGAGUGCUCGCAAUGCCUGCGUCGCGGGCUCAAGUGCGAGUACAGAGUGGUCACCGACACCAUUUUGAAGGCCAUCCCUGCCGGCUUCCAGCUCGUUGACAAGCAGCAGUCUCUGAGCAAUGCCGACGCCGCCAACUUGCUCGAAAUCUUGAAAACGGUCCCCGAAGACGAGGCUCUGGAGGGUCUGCAGCUCCUGAGAACCGGCAACGAUCCAGCCCUCAUAUGCUCUGCUUUGCGGGGGUACGAUGCCGGCCUGUCGUCAGCUGCACUUAACAGGGCAAUCUUGCCACCCACCCAGUCCUCCUUGGAAUUCGAGUUAAUGAUGAGGCACCCCGUUGCCUAUCCUGCUUGGCCGCCGUUUCAGCCAUCCAAGCUCGACUUGGACUUUGUGUUGCUUCCGAGGGAGGUACUCUGGAGUCACAGUGGCCCGGCUGAAACUGCAGACUCGUUUUCGCCUUACACCCGUCGUCUACGACGGGAUAGCUUAAACUCUACGGGCCGAGUCGGGCCCCGCAACCCAUCGACACUGUACGAUAAUCGGUUACUGAGUGUCGACAUAACACAAUGGACGGACGUACCCAUCACCAAUGAAUUCUCCAUUGCGGUCCUUCAGCUCUAUCUCGAGACCGACUAUCCGAUGAUGCCCCUAAUUGAUGUCGAUCUACUUCUGGACGGGCUGCUCGGUAAGAACGAAUUCUGCUCUCGGAUCCUCGUCAGCGGGCUAUUCGCCUGGGCUUGUCAGGGAUACACGGCCUUCGAACCCGAGGCCACCGUCGUGGGCCACUACUUCUACGUGGAAGCAAUGGAACUGUGGAAGAGGAGCAAGGAGUCCCGAGUCGAAGAAAGCAUCUGUACUGUGGCAGCGGUGCAGUACUUGUUGAUGACUUCAGUCUCCCUCGGGGCGGGGGCGCAAUAUGUCGAGUUGCUCGAUGACCUCUUGGACAUGUCCAAAAGGCUUGAACUGUUCAACGUCAGCCCUUCUCACGACUCACGGCUCAACCUCGACAGUAGCGCAAACUAUCGAAAGGCCAAGUCCCAGAUUUCUUGGGUUCUGUUCGCCUAUCUCACCUCUUUCUCGAUACAGCUACAUCAGCGCUUGAUCGAGCACCCACCCCUCGGACCCCUGCCAGGCGACAGCAUAGAUGCUGCGAGAGACGCUAAGACCUUAGCUAUAGGAGACAAACGACGGAUCUACAAUGCAGUCUUGCUCAAGGAGCACUGUCGCCUCUGCCAGAUAGUUCACGACGUGGUCAAAACAAUGUACGGGCCGAAACUGACCGCGUCCGCCAAAGCUGUCUCUCUAGCCUUCGCCGAAGAGACUUGCAGACGGCUUCUGAUGUGGGCAGAUAGCUUACCCCUAGAGCUGGCUCAGGGGGAUCAGUGUACACAUCACGCCGUGGUACUGCACAUCUAUCACCACUUGGCUAUCAUCGACCUGUUCCGGCCCCUUCUUCAGCACAACGGCGCUCCUCGGCAGCGACUACCUAACUUCGAGUCCGAAGAGUCCACCCCGGAUGCUGUUUACGCGGCAUCCGUGAAACAGUUGAAGAGAAUCGUCCUCUUCUACCGGCAUAGCCACCCAGAGUCGUCAUACUCCUUCUUCUGGCACUCGGCGCUGCUGUACCUCGCCAACGCAAUGCUCGCCGAGGCAAAGGUUCCUGGGCAUGCGCCCGACUGGCUGUUCUACCUGCGCCUAUGCAUUACAUGCUACCAGACGCUGUACACCGGCUUCCCACUGGCCAAGGGCAUCACGCUGAGCCUGCUGUCCAUGGCCCUCGAGAAGGGUGCGAUGGACAUCCCGCAGACGAGAGCGAUCAAGAGGGACCUCGAGCUGCGGGGAAAGCACCACAUGAUCCCUGACCAGGUUCCUGUCUACUGGGUCGUGGAUCUGGACCUGGCCGUGACGGAUCUUUUCGCAGCGCAUGCGGAGAACCUGGUGCAGAGGUUUCGGAAGCUCCACCUCCGUGAGACGAGCGAAACGAAUGAGUCUUGAGCCUCAACAGCCAAGAGGUGGCUUGUCAUGUUUUAUACGAUUUAAUGUUGAUGUACACGAAUAUCAGCAAUCGCUUAAUGAAUUUCCUGUCCUGUUCGAUGCGCGCACAGAACGCGGCAAGAAUUCAUUCUCCUUUCCAACCUUCAAGUCUGCUUCUUAAUAAGACAUUCCUCCUGGAUCACGCUGCGCUCGGCCCCGACUGCUCGAUCCGCCCGUUUCGGAUCCCGGUUCCGCCAGAUUCGGGGAGGAAAACGGCAAGGGGCGAUGUUAGUCCAGCGAUGCGCCAUUUGAAGUGACACGCCGAGAACAUGCCGAUGCUGGCGAGGAUGCGGUCGAAGAGCUAGCUCUCGUCGAUGUUGAGGACUUGGGCGACCGGCGUGAACGGCACGGCGGCAGUGUAGAGGAGUGUGACGAGGGGCAGCGCGGCGAGCUGGCGGCUGGAAUGUCGGCCUUGCCAGGCGGGCCGGCGUAGGCUGUGUACGGCACCCGGCAAUAAUUAUGAAAUCGACAGCAAAUCUCGGUUGUUUUCCUCAAGUGCGCUUACCAUUCUUGCAAGGAUGUUGGCGACCUAAUCAACUUACAGACUUUGAAAAGCAAAGGAGCAACAAGUACAUGUCAAGAUUUUACAGUUCUCUGAUGCACGACCGAAACCCCGGCCUCAGUUCGCAACUUUUGGAACUUGAGACGAUCCGUCUG